AUGCCCAUCAGAAGAGGAGAUUCGCUCAGAGAGGACUUCGUGGCUGUGCCCUCCACCCAGGCGCUGGUGCACGUUCCCGAACCACCAGUGCAACCCACCAAGGUGGUGCCCAAAAUCACCGUCAAUACCCCCUGGAAACGCUACAAGUUGUUCAACUCCCCGUUCCCCCGUUACAGACAUGCAGCCUCCAGCAUCACCAGCGAGAAGAACGAGAUUUUCUUGAUGGGAGGCCUCAAGGAGGGCUCCGUGUUCGGCGACACCUGGAAGAUCUUGCCUGAGGAAAGCCCUUCAGGAGAGGUGGUGGGAUACUCGGCCAAAAAUAUCGACAUUGCCAACUUGAACAACCCUCCCGCUAGAGUCGGCCACUCGGCCGUGUUGUGCGGUAACGCCUUCAUAAUCUACGGUGGUGACACCGUUGACACCGACUUCAACGGAUUUCCCGACAACAACUUCUACUUGUUCAACAUCAACAACUCCAAAUACACCAUUCCCGGCCACAUCUUGAACAAGCCCAAUGGAAGAUACGGACACACCGUGGGCGUGAUUUCCGUGAACGACAAGUCCUCCAGACUCUACUUGUUUGGUGGCCAGUUGGAGAACGACGUGUUUAGUGACUUGUACUACUUCGAAUUGAACACCUUCAAGUCUCCCAAGGCCAGAUGGGAGUUGGUGGAGCCAUUGAACAACUUCAAGCCCCCUCCAUUAACCAACCACUCCAUGUCUGUCUACAAGACCAAGAUCUACGUUUUUGGUGGUGUUUACAACAACGAGAGAGUUUCUAACGAUCUUUGGAGUUACGAUGCCUUGGUAAACAAGUGGACUCAAAUCCCCACUUCGGGAGCUGUUCCACAGCCUGUCAAUGAGCACUCGGCUUGCGUCGUCAACGACAAGUUGUACAUCUAUGGUGGUAACGAUUUCAGCGGUAUCAUCUACAAUACCUUGUAUGUUUUGGAUUUGCACACCUUUGUCUGGUCCAAGUUAUCCGAUGGUGAAUUGGACGGCCCUGGCCCCAGAUGUGGCCACUCCAUGACCUACUUGCCAAAGUUUGACAAAUUUGUCAUCAUGGGUGGUGACAAGAACGACUACAUCAAUGAUGAUCCAAACAACUUCGAAACCUACGAAGAGUACAACGGAGAGGAGAUCGGCACCAUGAUCUACGAGUUGGAUUUGUCAGUUCUCGACCAAUUUGUCACCAACGAGGUUGCUGAGCCUGUCGUGAAACAGGCCCCUCCAAAGAAGAUUGCUGCUAGUGCAGCUCCUGCUAAACCAGAUGGUCCUUCAUCUGCCCUUAGACAAAGCUACGAGCGCCACGCUCGUAGCUUUUCGGCUGGGCCUGAAGAUUUCAGAACUCCUGAACCCUCUCCAAGCAGAGCUUUAGCCUUGAGGGAUGACAAGUUCGUGAAUGUUCCUGAAACCACCGAAAACUCGUACACGGCAGCUAGCUUGGAUCCUCACGCUGACCAAAACCUUGACUCAUACAACAACGGUGACGUUCAUGUCGAGGAUUACCAAACAGAGACCUAUGCUUCUCCAACUAGAGAACCAACCAUCAAGGAGACCAGUUCAGUAUCCAGACAACCCACAGUAUCUAGAGACCAAGGAACUAGAGGUAUCGUGAGUGAGGACACCGCCGUUACCAGGGAUGCCUACAACAAUGGCCAUUCCGAAGACGUGAAGAAGAUUAUUGCUGAGUUGAACAACGAGCUUAAUGAAUUGAAGGCUUCCACCAAGCAACAAAUGCAAAAUGCUACUGAAAGAAUCAACACUUUGGAGCAAGAAAAUAAAUCUCUUAAGGACAGCCAUUCGAACGACUCUGGCAGUUACGAAAAGAGAUUGCAAGAAAAGGAUUUGUUAAUCAACGAAUUAAGGGGUGCCCUCGAUCCUAAUGCUUUGGUCAUUGAUCCUGCAGCUGAAUCUUCCGCUCGCUCUGGUCCAGGGUCGCUCUCUGAGUUAUCCAAGUACAAGUUAGACAGAUUGGAAUUAAGCAACAAAUUGCUUUACUUGGAACAGGAAAAUACCAGACUCAAUGAGAGACUUGUCAGAUUCGAGCCUUUCAUGAACAACCAAAUUGGAGGAUUGACAAAGUUCCAAAAGAUUAUCAAGGUCCAAGAGGAGAAGAUCCACAAGUUAUCCCAACAAGUGAAGGACGAAAUGGUGUUACACAAGGAAAUCAACGAAUGGAAGGCCAAGCAUGAAAACUUGGAAUUAGAGUUCGAGAACUACAAGAGCAUUUACUACGAUGAGCCUGUUUCUGACGAGGAAGAUGAACCUGAAAUUGAUGACCCUCAAAACAACAGAUCUAUUUUGAGUAGCGCAACCAGAAGAUCCAAGAAGGACAUCUCAUCCCACUUGGAGAACUUGGUUACCUUGUGGAACGUGAAGACUACCGAAAGCACUAGGGAUGUUGCCAGUGAGCACGAGCUUCCUGCUAACAACCAAUUCGUGGGUAAGUUGCAAAACCAAAUUGAUGAUCUCUUGAGAAUUGGCAAGCAAAACGAAGCCAAGUCUCAAGAAGAGAUUGCAAGAUUGAAGUCUGACUUGGGCGAGAAAUUGAACAGCUUGAAGACUUUCGAAGAGAACUACAGGGAUGCUAUCCAGUCCGUCAACAAUACCAGUAAGGCUUUGAAGAUGAACGAAGACGAAAUCAGAAACCAAAGGGUUUUGAUUGAAAAGUUGACUAAGGAAAACAACGAACUCAACUUGUUCAAGAAGGCAAGCAAGAGACACAGUUCUAGACAGCCAACGCCAUUGGCACAAGGCCAACACAUCCGAGACUCUUCUAUUCCAGAGGAGGAUGACCAGGACCACGACAUCGACGAAGCCAGUGCUAUCAACCACGCUCACUUCAACAUGAAGAUCCAAGACUUGGAGGCCGAUUUGUACAUUUUGAAACAAGAGAGAGACCAAUUGAAGGACAACGUGACAUCGUUGCAGAAGCAAUUGUAUUUUCAGUCCAACAAUUGA